AUGGUACCCGAAUCCAGGGCCGCAAGAUUAGUUUCCAGUUUCCCAAUAACAGCAGACAAUUAUCCGAAAGCCAUUAAACAAUUAAAAUUAAGGUUUGGCAGAGAAGAUCUUUUAGUACAAAUAUACGUUAGAUAUCUCCUUUCUCUUGUUAUGAAAAAUGCUGCUGCCGGAAAGAAUUCUCCUGAUUUAGCAACCCUCUACGAUAUGCUGGAAACAAAAUUAAGAGCUUUGGAAAGUUUGGGACAUACGAAAGAGAAAUUUGCUGAAUUUCUAGCCCCUCUUGUAGAGUCAUGCUUACCUGAAAAUGUUAUGCGAGCCUGGGAACGGAGUAGAAUUUCUGAAAAUACUGAUGACGUUACCAGUCAGAGAUCCCUCGAAAAACUAAUGUGUUUUUUGAGACAUGAGGUCAAAUCUGAAGAAAUGAUCAAUUUAGCUCGUGAAGGGUUUGGUAGAGAUAAGGGAAGUGGCGAGAAACGAAAAGAUUACCACAAAUCGAUCCAAAGAGAUGAACCUACAGUUACUACACUGAUCGCCAACACCUCAGUAGGAAAAAACAAUUGUAUUUUCUGUGACCGAUCACAUCCAAGUCAAGACUGCCAGAAAAUAGCAGAAAUGAGUUAUGAGGACAGAAAAUCACGAGUUAUACAAAAGAAAUGCUGUCUUGUUUGCCUCAAAUCUGGUCACAUGGCAAAAAGAUGUCACAGUAAU